UGGCCGCUUCGCUCGCCCAACCUGUAAAUCCAGCGCUGUUUGUUGAGGUGGAGCUGAGUUUUAUCGGCCCAGGAGGAGAGGUGGAGUUUCACUGACAGAGAGCUGCAGCAUGACACACACAAACACACACACAGACACACACACAGGUGGAACACAGUGAGGACACACACUGUGGACACACACACCUCCCUGGACUGUAUUUCUGCUGGACACUGACAGUUACAGGCAGACGGGUACCUGCAGGCUCCGCCCCCUCAGGUCAGGUCACCCCGGCCAUCUGACGGUGGCCCAUACGCCGCUGCGCUGGGACUGGUGGAGGAGCAGGACCCUCUGGCUUCAGACGCCAUGUCUGAUGGGGACGUGCUGCCUCCAUCCGUUCCCUUUACAAGGGGCACUAAAGCCAGAGCCAGCCUGCCUGCAGGACGCUCCAGCGGGCAGACUCGAGACAGGCCAUUGGGUGUGCUGUACCUGCAGUACGGGGAGGAGACAAAGCAGGUGAGGAUGCCCUCGGAGAUCAGCAGCGUGGACACUCUGAGGGCUCUGUUUGUCACAGCCUUCCCCCAUCAGCUCACCAUGAAGAUGCUGCAGUCCCCCAACAUGGCAAUCUACACCAAAGACACCGACCGCAACGUCUACUACAACCUGGAGGACGUCAGAAACGUCACGCCGCACUCCUGUCUGAAGGCUUAUCACAAAGACGCCGCACAUGUGUUCAACCGCCACGCCAGGCCCGCCAACGCAGAGGGACGGAUCUCCAAAGAGGUGCUGUACGGCAGUCACAGUCCCGUCCACAGCCUGUCCUCCGGCCGCGGCGCCCUGCACGGCCUGCAGGGCUCCAUGUCGCCCCCCAUGGUGCGCUCCAUGCCCUCCUCGCCCUCCAGGGUGGCGUACGCUGCAGGGGGGGCCGCCCGGGGCCGGGGGCCCGGGCUGGCCGAUCCGGGAAGAGAGGCCCCGUCAGGGCCGGGGAGGGGCGGCGGGCCGUUCACCAGCAGCAGCGCCAUUCUGGAGAGGAGGGACGUCAAACCUGACGAAGACGUGGGCAGCAGUAAGAGCAUGGCCCUGGUGGUCCGCGGUGAAGGGGCCCACUACGCGGACUCCUGCUGCUCCUCCCUGCUGGACGGGGCGGGGGGCCGCCUCAGCAUGGCCUCCUCCCAGUGCAGCGGCCCCCCCUCCCUCACCGGGGGGGACACGGUGGACUCCGGGCCCGGGGGGAUCCCGGCAGGGCUGCAGCAGUACCGGGCCUCCGUCAAACCUCUGAUGGGCUACGGAGAAAACCAGACCUGCUCCCUGCACAGGCAGAAGAGCAGGAAGUUCGGGGACGGCCAGCUCCCCCCUCUGGGGACCAAGACGCCUCCCCCGUCUCCUCUCAGAGGGGGGGAGGUGCGGCUGAGCGAGGGCCAGAUCAUCGGCGGGGUGGGCCUGGUGCCCCCCGACAGGAUGUCCCCGAUGCGCCGCUCGCUGCGGCGGGAAAGUAACGGAGCCUCGGUGGAGGUGGUGGGCAGGAGCAGGGGCUCCUCCUCCUCCACCUCCUCCGUCUUCGUGGACAGUCCUCUGGGACACUUCCAGGCUGGGGGGACGCCCAGCAGCUCUCAGAGGUCGUCUCAGUUUAGUUUUGGUGCAGAGGGCGGGGCAGCAGGAGAGAGGAUGAAGGCCAUGGAGGAGCAGAUCGCCAGUCUGGCCGGCCUGGUGCACCACGCUCUGUCCAUCGGCCCCGACGGCCCAGGAGGGAAGGACGCUGUCAGUGAGAAUCCUGCAAAGUUCAACAGCAAAAGCCUGGGAGGGCCGUCUGACCCUCAGGACCUCGGCGCGGCGGGCUCCGCCCACCCGGCUCUUCUGAGCCCCCCGUUCGACGGCGGGCUGCAGCAGCGUCUGGUGUCUGCCAAGAGAAACGUGUGUGAGCUGCGAGAGCAGCUGAACCAGCUGAGGCGUUUACAGCUGUCCAACCAGAAGAGCGUGAGCUCCAUGCUGAGGACGGCCGGCCAGGAGCUGCUGGAGCUGAUGUGGGACCGACUGGCCCAGACGGAGGAGGCGGCGUUCGGCCAGAGAGCCCAGAUGGAGGAGGAGAGGACCAGCUACCUGGCGACCGAGGAGCAGAUCCUCACACAGCUCAGCGAGCUGGAGGGCUACGUGGAGCGUCUCCAGAGGAGCUGCAGCUCCGGCCCGAGCCCGACGCCUCCGACUCUGAGGGACGUGGAGGAGGGAGCGGUGAACCUGCGGCGGAUCGGGGAGGCGCUGUCCGUCCUCAAAGGCGAGUUCCCGGAGCUGCAGCUGAAGAUGCGCUCCGUCCUCAGGCUGGAGGUGGAGGCGGUGCGCUUCCUCAAAGAGGAGCCGCUCAAGAUGGACUCCAUGCUGAAGAGGGUCAAAGCCCUGACCGAGACCCUCAGCUCCCUCCGCAGGCACGUGUCUGAGUCUGCCCCCGCAGGCCGAGUCCAGGACCCAGACCAGCAGGGUCCCGACACCGAGAGCCCUCAGAGCUCCCCCAGACCCCAGCCUCGAUCCUCAGUCCGGGUCCCUGUGUCCGGCGGCCAGGCCGAGGGGGGCUCGGGGGGCUCGGGGGGCUCGGCCUCUCCCGCCAUGGCCCGCAGGAAGAAGAGCUCGGUGGUCCCGCCCCCCCACCACUACCCCAGCCCCCCUCUGACACCCACACAUGGACGGGACUCUCCGUCGGUGGCCAAGGUGAGUCCUUGCAGCAGGGAGAGCAGCCCCGCCCUGCAGAGGGGCGCCGGACCGGCGGAGCCGGAGCCGGACCUCAGCGUCCUGGCUGCACCGCGUCACGCCACGAUCACAGAGAGACAAAACCCAGAGGGCAGCCCGAGGCCAGAAAGCAGCUCCAGCCAGACCCCCCAGGCAACCAGCACCAGCACGGACCUGGACCAGGUCCUCCAGAAGGCCCAGGAGAGCCUGAUGAAGUCCAUCCCAGACCUGGAAGUGUCCAAUCCCCCAGAGACUCGGUCCGAUUCUGUCUCAGGACCGUCCACUGCCCCGGCGUCCAAACCAGAGCAGGAGACGCCGCACGGGGAGCAGCAGACGCGGCCGUCUGAUACGCAGCAGAAUAUUUCUGCCAAACCGAGUGACGAGGCGGACGCUGCCCACUCUAAAGCACCAGAUACUGUGACGAUGAAGCCUCCUCCAUCAGCUCCUCCAUCAGCCCCUCCAUCAGCUCCUCCAUCAGCCCCUCCAUCAGCCUCUCCCGUCCCGGAGCGUCGGCCUCAGGUGGAGAAGCCUCGCCGCUCCAGUCUGGACAAGGAGAUGAAGCAGAGUUUGGAGAAGGCCAGCAAGUCUCCGCCUCCUCCUCCUCCUCGGAGGAUCCACGCUGUCAGCUCAGGAAGGACCGGCGAGCUGCUUCUCGCCACCAGGACAGAGCCAGUCGGAGCUCAGGACGAGGCCAAAGUGAGAGAGCCACCGGCCGUUCCUCAGCCCAAACCGCCCAGACAGCCUCCGGAGAUCAAACCCAAACCCCAGAUCUGUGCGGCGCUGCUGGCUGCGUCCACUUCCCCCCCUGCUGCAGCGCCGCCACAGAGGCAGCAGAGGCAGGAGGAGGAGGAGGAGGAGGAGGAGGACGAAGAGGAGGAGGAGGAUAACAAGUUCAUGAAGGAGCUGCAGGUGAAGACAGAAGGGUUAAAUGCAAGUCAUUCAUCAGGUGGAAAUGACCAAAAGGCAGAAUUGAAGGUGUGGAAGCCUUCAACAGACCUUUAUAAUUUAACAACGAGUGGCAAACAGUCAGCUCCUCAGGUGGGAAGGACAAACGGCUCUCCUGCGAAACCCACAGCUGUCCCGGUGGAUCACAGUGAAAGUAUGAAAAACAGAGCAAAUCUUUCUGAAAACACGGCGGAAGACAAAGCGGUUAAACUGGGGCCUCGUUCAGACUGUGCUUCACUGCAGGGGGUACAGGAGACACCGGAAUCACCGCGACAGAACACCAAGGAAACCGAGUUACCGAAGGUUUCAGUCUCACUGGCAGAACUUGAUCCGCCGAUAGCGAGCCCCAAGCAAGUUGUUGAGCAGGUGUUCUCCCCAACUGCCACAGAGAAAAAGGUCAAGUACACAACAAUUGUCACUCUGCAAAAAGAAAACAUCCAAGAGCCUUUGAGGAGUCCGAAAUCGACACAUGAGAAAGCUUUGAAAGAAGCACCAGCUGAGAAGAAGUCCAAUGUGACGGUUGUGGUGACUUUACAAAAAGAUAACGCUUCAGAAGACUCUUCAACCGAGCCGGCAUCGGUGGAGCAGCAGAAUAAAUGUGUGAGCUUCACUCAGGAGUCCCCUCCAGUCCAGAAAGCCUCACCUCUUCCACCCAGCUCCCCCUGCAUGCAGAACCAGGAGACGCCUGUACAGGAAUCCACAGACCAGUGCCUGAACCCGGAGGAGGGGGGGACUCUGAGCCCCACCGGCUGUGACGACGAGGGCCCCCCUCCUCCUCCUCCUCCUGCCAAAUUCAGUCAUAGAUUGGUCAAAACCAAAAAGAGGACACAGUCCAAAGAAGAAGACCAAGCUAAAACAAAUGGAUCUGGUGUCCAGAGUGGUGGGACGGAGAGUGAGGGUGACACCCGGCUCCCGGGACAGGAGAACCCUGGCUUUGAAGACACGGACGAGUUUGACAAUAAACCCAUUAUUGUCAUUUUGAACGAGCCCAUGGACAUUCAGUCGGCCUACAAGCGUCUGUCAACCAUAUUUGAAAGUGAGGAAGACCUUGAAGCUUUGCUGUCAGAAAGUAUCCUGGAUGAGGAAGACACCAUCCAGGAAGAGGAUGAGCAGGGAGUGAGGACAUUUUGUUUAGACGGAGACAAUGUGGGUUUAGGAAAUGGCCAGAGCGCACCACAGAUCCAGCAUGGAAGGUCCUCAGCAGGAGAUACCUCACCUCCUGGAGAGCAGGAUAAAACAGGUUCACCCCAAAAGACUGAGACCAAACGGAAGUUCAAAUUCAAGUUCCCCAAGAACAAGCUGGCCGCACUCAGCUUAGCUCUUCGAGCAGGAAGUAACAAAUCAGAGAAAAAGACUCUUGAGGUUGUUGUGUAUGAGGAAGAAGAAGAUAGGGGACCAGACAGCAAGUCACCCACCAAGAAGCAUUCAAAGGAGUCCAAGAGCUUCGAGAUCAUCAGCAGAAAACAAUCCGAUGGCGAUAAAACCAACACAAGCAGAGACAUCAAGGCCUCGCCGACCAAGUCUCAUACCAGAGUGGAGGAGCUCCGCAAGAACACGUUUGAUUCCAUUCAUAGUCUAGAAGAAUCCAUCAAACAGCUGGAAAUCAGUGUGGACAGCAUAAAGUCCACCUCUUCUCCCUCCUCCACGCUGGCGUCACCUCCUCAGAGCCCCACCUCUUCCUCUGAAGCCACCGACAGAUCUCAGCUCAAAGGAAAAAUCAAAAGGGACAGGGAGAGGAGUCCAUCCAAAAGGCCGGCUGCUCAAGUUCUCAAGGGUCCGAAUCCACCACAGAGUAAGAGAGCCAAGCCACAGCCUGCACCCGACACGGGGAAGAGCAGCUCCAGGAAACAGACCUCCAGCAGCAGCUCCAGUUCUUCUGCACUGCGAUCACACACCAAGUCCCGCCACUCGUCCUCCUCCGGCUCCCCAGAGAAAUCCAGUAAAGGCCAACAGAAGCAGCCCGGCCAGCCACGUGUUGUCGCCGUCCCGCGCUAACGUCGGCCCGGCCCGCCACGGGCCCCGCAGCGGCGGCGGCGGCAGCAAGCGCCAGCAGCACCUGGUCCUGGCCUCCACCCCGACCCCCUCCCCCGCCGCCCCCUCCCCACACAGCUACUACUCUUCAUCCUCCUACUCCUCAUCCUCACCCUCCUCCUCCACCUCCUCCUCCCUGUCCCCGACCUCCUCUUCCUCCUCCCCUCCCUCCCCGUCCUCCUCCCUCCUCCCGGCCACCGCCACCGCCCCCGGAGCCAGGACUCUCCGGACGUCGGCGUCCGUUCCCGGCUCUCCGGCGCGCAGCAGGAAGCGCGCGGCGAGCCAAGCUGUCCGGGCGCAGCGCACGGCGGCGGCGGCGGCGGCUGCGGCGGCGGCAUCCAAGGAGGCGGCCUGACGCUCCUUUCCUUCCUCUGUGACUUUAAAGUUUCACAGCAGGUGCAGCACAUCCAGCUCCAGAGGAAGCUACUUGCACUGUGUUCCUACAGCAAUAUUCUGCGUAUCGAUCUCCUGACAUGUUUGGAGGGGUUGUGGAGGGAGACUGAUUCACGUCCCACACGGCGUCCGGAGUAUUUGCGGCGUUGCGGCCUGGCAGCAGGUGGACCCCGGUGGGUUCCAGCUCCGCGGCUCCCCACAGCCUCUCUCACACCAGCGUUGUCACUGUGUUUUCUACAUUUUGCUGUGCAGCUUUCAGGUGUUUCAGUAGACAAUCAGACACUGUUCUCACUGUCGUUUCACUAACUCAAGGUUUUCAAAGUGUGGGAAGACGAGCCCCCCCCCCCCCAAUCCACAUUCUGCCCGAAACUGCUCUCCAUUUCUUGGCUGAAAGCCAGAAUUCUCCAUGUUUGUCACAAUAUCAAUAUCUGGGAGUUGUAGGUAAUAAAAAGCAGCUCAGUCGAUUCUUGGAUUUGAAAUAGAGAGUGAGUCCUUAUCUAACUGUCCUCUGUUGUUGUUGACCAGCGCUCAUCUAGUCAUGCUAAUUUAAGCUCUAAGCUAAGCUCUCUGGCGCCCCCUAAUGGGUCCUCGCCCCACACUUUAAAAACAAAUCAUUCAAAAAGAUUUUCAGAGGAGUUUUUUUUUCUUGCCUUGUUUGAUGUGUUUGCAUAUUUGAGUGACACACACACACACACACACACACACACACACACACACACACACACACACACACACACACACACACACACACACACCUCAUCAGUCCUGAAUGAUGCAGUACAAACGCUACUUUUGGAGUUUAUUUUUGUUUAUUUUGAGAUGAAGUAUGUGUGUGCUUCUUUUAACAAUGUUUAAUAUAUUUCAUUAAAGAAAAUAGAGAACUUAAGUAUCAAUAUGCAAAGUUUACCUGAGGAGGAUCCUGUGGAGACUGAACCCUGUGAUCUGUGAUCUGAUUUGAUCUUUACCCGGUCAGAGUGAAGCUUUCCGGAUCUUCCUGUUGAUGUUCAGGUGUGCAGAGCUUCAGACAGGAAGUGAAGAGAAGGUCCUUUCACGUGGUCUCAUGGUGGAGUCUCUUUUUCUAUGCAGAGGUGGUGUAGUGGUUAGCAGUCUCGUCUCACAGUAAGAAAUCCCCCGGUUUGAUUCCAGGAUGUGUGUUCAGUGUGCAUGUUCUCCCUGUGGAAACGAUUCCUCCCAGUAUAAAUGUGUGUGUUGAGCCCGCUGUCAGAUGGAGAAAACACAAACUGGAAGGUUUCUCUUUCAUCUCAGCAAUCUCAAAAAGCUUCUAAUGGCCAUGGUAGAGAGAAGAGGAAAAUAAUGUGAUGAAAUAUACGGGAUUAGAAAGAGCACUGGAGGAUAUCACUGGGCUUUUUAAAAAAUGUUUCUUUUUGUAAAUGUUCAUGAAAAAUCUAAAUUAAAUACAGAAAGUUUAUUCUAGUUUUUCAAAAAAACACAUUAAUAUUUCUGUUCGGGUCAUUUCAUGAAGGUGAGGAGGAAUCAGUCUUCCUGUUUCUCCACAGGUUUUUCCUUUUCCUGAUCUCUGAUUUACCAAAAUGAAGCUAAAGAGAAGGAAAGGCUUGUAAGAGUUGAGCUUUGCUGCCACCUGCUGGUGAAGAUUAGUCUUGAACUAAAACUGGAGGAGAAUGAGAAACGUUCACUGGUAUCUCCAGUUUCCAUCCUCUUUGAGCCAGGUUGAACCAGAGCAUGAUUCCCUCUACAGUUAGAGAAGUUUUCAGAUUUGGGCCUCAUAUUCUCCCACAGCUGUUAGAAAACCAUCGGUUUCACGUCUUCUGCAGCGCUGAUGUGUUGCUGCUGCAUCACAUCCCUGCAGGGUUUCCUCUAAAAUAAAGACAACCUGAGUCUAUAUAUGUGAUUGAUUGAGAGAAAUAGACUGUGACCCGGGUUUCUACUUCAGAGUGUCUGAUUAAAGAAAUAAAAGAUCAAAUUAACCUCCUUUUUUCCAUAAACCAGCAGAAAGAGCUCAGUCAAACCAAGCGGGAUGAUCAUCACUGUGCUGUGUUUGCAGACUACCUUUCUGAAUGUCCUGUUCUCCCUUCAGACCUGAAGUUCUUACGGCUGUUUUUCCAUCUCGCGGAUCCCAGUUUACACUCCUGUAAAUAAAGUGAGCUUUGGGGGGAUUUUGUAAGCUGUGGGCUUUCUCAGGCUUCACCUUCCUGUGAGGGUGGAGGACGAAUAAAGAGCUCCGCCUGUGUUCAGUCUGCAGUCUCUUUGUGCUGUUUUACCUUCAGAGGGGUAGAAAUACUUCCUGUGCUCCAGGACAGACACUGGAUGGAGGAACCAUUAAUACAUCUAUCUUUUUAACAUUAUCGAAUUAUCAAAAGCUGUUAUUAAAUUGGAUGCUUGUUAAAUUCUCAUUUUUUGAUGAGUUAAAGGUGCAUGAAGGAGUUUGCACGUUUCAUGAGAAACAGCG